UUUGCACUAAAGGUCUCUCAUUUUUAAAUGAAUCAGAAUUAUCUAGACGAUGGAUGGCUGAAUGGAUUGAAUUACAGAGAGCUUUAGGUGCUUCGUCCAUUGGUGUUUAUAUUUAUUGGGUACCUGAUAGUGUCCGAAAAUUACUUGAAAAAAUGUCUGAUAGAAAAAGAGUUGAUUUGAUAAAUUUGGAAUUACCCGGAAAUUCACCAAAUCAUCCAAUGAGGUAA